GCGGCCAAGAAGUCGUCAGUGGAGCGUUUCCAGGAGUUUCACACGAAAGCUCUCUCUUCCGCGCCCGUGAAGCUGGACGAUGCCGCCUUCAAAACCGCAACAUCAGCGCCACGCGACUACACUGUCAUGGUUCUAUUAACGGCCCUGGAUCCUCGGUUCGGCUGUAAGCUCUGCACAGAGUUCCAACCUGAAUGGGAUAUCCUGGCCGCGAGCUGGACCAAAGGCGAUAAGAAGGGAGAAUCGCGUAUAAUUUUUACAACCCUUGAUUUUACAGAUGGACGUGACACGUUCAUGUCCCUGGGUCUGCAAACCGCGCCCGUCCUCCUCAUGUAUCAACCCACGGUCGGCAUUCAUGCGGUGGCUGCUGUUGAACCUUUACGAUAUGACUUCACAAGCGGUCCUCAAGUUGCCGAGCAAGUUCACAGCUGGCUCAGUCGCCACAUGCCAGAUCGACCGCAUCCCCCAGUGAGGCGACCUAUUAACUGGAUGCGGUGGAUCUCAAGCGUCGUCGUUGUCUUGGGGCUUGGUACAGGUCUUGUAGCGGCGACUCCCUACGUUGUUCCCGUACUCCAGAACCGAAAUAUCUGGGCUGCCUUAAGUCUCAUUGCGAUACUUCUCUUCACCAGCGGGCACAUGUUCAAUCAAAUCCGAAAGAUCCCAUACGUAGUGGGUAAUGGCCGUGGCGGGGUCACUUACUUUGCCUCUGGAUUCCAGAAUCAGCUUGGCAUAGAGACCCAGGUGGUUGCAGCUCUUUAUGCGAUUCUUGCGUUCUGUGCAAUCUCCCUCACCGUUAAAGUACCCCGCAUUGGAAACCCGAAGCAGCAGCAGGUCGCAGUUCUAGCAUGGGGAAUCGGUCUAUUUGUCGUUUACAGCCUCCUGCUUAGUGUCUUCCGGAUCAAAAAUGGGGGAUAUCCAUUUUCACUCCCCCCAUUUAUGUAG